AUGGCAGAUAGCAUUCCCAAGAUUCCAGACCUUGGUCUCACCCAGCUGUAUUUCUUGGCUCUUCAUGGUCCUGCUGCAUCUCGUGCUGAUGCUACUGCUAAACUACUAGAAGGCAUCAAGGCCAACGAUAUGGCACCGUUCUACAAGCAUGUUGUUGAGGACCUCAAGCUAAAAAAGGAUACCACUUUAUUGACUUUGCUCAAAUCUAACAACACCGAAGAACUCAAGAAACUCGAUGAUAAGAUCAAGGAUGCUGAGGAAAAUCUUGGCGAAACUGAACUUAGUGAUUCGCUUUCUGCCAAGGCCCAUUACUUAUCCAAGAUUGGUGACAAGGAAGCUGCUUUGGAAGCAUUCAGGAUUGCUAUUGAAAAAACUGGUCCUCUUGGGCAUCGUAUCGAUCUCAGUUUUGCUGUUGUCCGAGUUGGAUUCUUUUUUAGAGAUAGUGAAUUGAUCAGUAAAAGUAUUGAAAAGGUUAAAAGUCUUAUUGAAGAAGGUGGAGAUUGGGACAGACGAAACCGCCUCAAGGUAUACCAGGGCAUUUAUCUUAUUUCCGUUCGUGACUUCAAGGGUGCAGUCAAUAUGCUUCUCGAUUCACUUGCCACGUUUACCUCGACAGAACUCAUGGAGUAUAAAGAGUUUGUGCGCUACACUAUUCUUACUGCAGCACUGACCCUUCAACGUCCUGAAUUUAAAUCCAAGGUGGUUAAUGCACCAGAGAUUCUCGAGGUGAUCCACGAGAUUCCUUAUUCUUCCGACUACAUGUCAUCCUAUUACGGAUGCAAAUAUGCUUUAUUUUUCAAGACAUUGGCAUUGGUCGAAGAUACCAUCAAGUAUGAUCACUACUUGAAUGCUCAUUACAAGUUUUAUGUUCGCGAGAUGCGGAUUCGUGUAUAUGGCCAAUUGCUAGAAUCGUAUCGCAGUUUGACUAUUGAAUCAAUGGCUAACCUGUUUGGUGUGAGCGAGGAGUGGGUCGAUAGCGAUCUCUCCAAAUUUAUCUCUGCGGGUCGUUUGCAUGCUGUGAUUGACAAAGUUGGCGGCAUCAUUGAAACCAAUCGUCCUGAUGCCAAGAAUGCUCAAUAUCAAAAUUCGAUCAAGCAAGGCGAUCUCUUGCUUACACGCAUUCAGAAACUCUCUCGUGUGAUUAGCGUUUAAAUUUCUUUGUUGAUGGAAUGCCUUUCGUUCUACUGUCGGUGAUUUGUGUAGAUGGAAGAGAUUCCAAUAAACUAAAAUAAAAGACUCCAUAUUCCAAUUUUUUG